AAAAGUGAAAACAAAAUAUUGGAAAUUUUCUGCAAAAAUUACUGGUUUUAAACGUAAUUUGAGUUAAUUUGAAAUAUAAUUAAAUCCUGAUAUGAAGUAUAUUUCAGUUACAUCGAUACUUACCUUAAUAUUUGCUGUUUAUGUCAUAAAUACGUUAUGGACAUUAGCUGAAAUUUUUAUACCGCCGGAAUGUCGUCGUGGCGAGAAGUGUAUAAAAUCGUAUUUAUCCUCUAAUCCUGUUCAAUGCCUAGUGUUAUAUACUUCUGUUAAGGAACAUCCAUAUAUAAAUGGAGUAUAUCAAUCGUCGGUAAACAAAGUCCACACUUCAUUGAAGUUUGACUACAGGACUUCGGCUUCUAUAGAUGUUACAAUAAAGGUGCCAAGACAAACACGCAAUAAUGGAACACUGUUCAUGCAUGCUGUGUUGUUGGACGAAAAGCGUUUGUAUGAUGACUUUGUGGACAUAUUUGCUAAGGAGGCUGUGCACACACUACCCCUGGUUAACUAUUUAGAACCACAAGCUGCUACUUUUAAUCUACUAGAGUCAAAGACUGAUGAAAUAAACGAAGCCAAAAGUAAAGGAACAGAGAAGCCAUUUUCACAUAUUGCAACCAUAGCACCUUUAGCCAUACUAACUGAUGACCUCAACCUUCCAAUGAGAAAAAUACCAGGAGAACUUGCUCAUUAUAUGAGGGUGCGUAAUGGAAAAUUUUUACCGAUAUUGCAACAUAAUGUUUUAAAGUCGAGAAUAUCUCAGUACCAACUUCUAAACAAGACGACAUCUGAAGUUAACAUUACAGUGGAGGUUUCCCCAGCAUCAUAUGGCUCGCUGCGUUUAGCUCUACACGUGAGGUUGGCAUUAGACCAGCUCCAAGCUUUGGGCUUCAGUGAGAAAGACGUUGAUGAUGUGAAAGGAAUAUUUGCUGAUACAAACCUGUAUUUACUAUCAGCUACUGUUCUCAUUGCAAGUUGUCAUCUCCUAUUUGACUUCCUAGCAUUCAAGAAUGACGUGUCGUUUUGGCGGAAGAAACAGUCGCUAGCUGGCUUGUCGAUGCGCACUGUGCUUUGGCGAGCAUUCUCACAGUUCAUCAUAUUCUUCUAUCUUCUGGAUCAACAGACGUCACUCUUGGUGCUUGUUCCAGCGGGAAUUAGUGCAGUCAUUGAAUUAUGGAAGGUGACAAAAGUACUACACCUGCGUAUAGAGAGGCGCGGUUGGCGUAUACGGGUAUGGCGAGACUGCGGCGACGCGGCCGAGCGCAACACGGCGCGCGCCGACGCCGAGGCCAUGAAAUACCUCUCCAUGUUACUGUAUCCACUAUGUAUAGCCGGAGCACUAUAUUCGCUGUACUAUGAACCUCACAAAGGCUGGUACUCAUGGGCUUUACACAGCACAGUGAACGGGGUGUACGCGUUCGGUUUCCUCUUCAUGUUACCGCAACUCUUCGUAAACUACCGCCUCCGCUCUGUGGCGGCGCUGCCGUGGCGGGCCUUCAUGUAUAAGGCCUUUAACACGUUCAUAGAUGAUAUAUUCGCUUUCGUUGUUACCAUGCCAACGGCGCACAGAGUGGCCUGCUUCAGAGAUGACUUGGUUUUCCUGGUCUACUUGUAUCAGAGAUGGUUAUAUCCCGUGGACAAGACUCGUACUGACGACAGCAGCAGUAUGGACGUCAGUCCCGAGGAGGUGGCGCCACAGAAGAAGAAGGAGGAAUAAGACAACGAGGCUCAGGUGCUAUAGUCCCGAAGAGUUGUUUUACUGAUGAAUGGUGUCUGAGUAAUGAGGGUGUUUGAAAUUCUAUUUGCCAUUUGUAGCCUUAGGUCCAACC